AUUUCACACAUAAUUUUUUACUUAUUUUAAAUAUUACAUUUAUAAUUAAUAUUCAAAACAAAUACUGUAGUCCUGUAUAAUUUAAUUAUACAGGGUUAUAAUUUAAUUGAUCUUUUUUAUAUAUUUAAAUAUAAUUUACAAUAUUCUAUGAGAAAGAGAAUAUAAUUUACAAUAUUCUAUCAGAACUUUCAUUGUCUACGUUGUAAAAAACUAUGUACAUACAACAUAUAAGACAUACAAGACUAUGUACAUACGUGGAUAAACAAUCUGCAUAUACAUAAUCUUGAAAUCUACGACGCAGUUAUGCUUGCAAUAAGAAUUCGAAAUUUUACAAAGUUUGAUGUGAGAAACUUUUGAAACUGUUACAUCUUUAUCGCAAUUAUAUAAUCUAUAACGUCGCAUAAUGGACAUUACUGUUUCUGUAAAUACGAUUGCAAACGUUAUGUUCGGAAGUAAGUGGAAAUGUCGCAGUAUUCGAUCUAUAUUACACUAUUCUUUUAAGGCUACACUUUAUCGAUGACUCAGCGAAUCAUUCUCGAUAUAUAUAUAUGUGUUGCUUAACCCUUCCAGUCUCGGACAUUUUCGCCAGCUAACACGAUUUUCACCGCAUCAUUCGCGGCGCGAACUUCUUCGAGUUAAGAGAAAAAAACGGACUGAGAAAUAUUUAACCACGUUGCAAUUAUAAUUGUUAUACAACUUUAUCCGUAUCACUCAUAAUUACUCACGAGAAUCUUACAUUCGAGCACAGGUGUUCUGUCGCCCGAGUAGUGAAAUCUCGACGGAGAUACAAAUCUACGAAUGUGAAGUUACUUUGUGUAGAUUAUUGUACAGAUUAUCGGUGAUUUCUUGAUCUGAUUUCAAAAUUAGAACUAUUAAAACUUACGCCGGCUUUUGUUAUACCGUACAAAAGUGCUGUGAUUUGUGCAAAUAUCGUGAAUCGUUUCCUCUCAUAUUGACUCAUCCUGGCGAUGCCCGUUUGGCACUGUUUGACAGAUACCAGGUGCAUUGCAAUUGAAUGGACACAAUGUCUUCAUUGACAACCAUUACGGAUGAUAAUAUGGAUACACUCGAAUCAUACGAUUAUAAAAAAAUAAUAGAAUACAUAAAAGAACGGUUGAAUACCGCACCGAAGGUCUCACUGAGCGGCUAUACAACAAACUUAGAAAUAUUCGACUUAAAAGACAGUGAUGACUGUGAUCUUUUCGUACAGAUAGCCAAGGAGGAUCUGCGCGAAACGCCAGAAACAGUUGCUCAGAGCAUCAAGGAGUUGAAGGAAUUGCUUGCAGGAGAACCUGAUUUGCAUAUCUUCGAUUCUGAUGAAUUUUAUACAAUAUUCUUACGACCAUGCAAGUGGUAUGCUCAAAGUGCUUUGUUGCUUAUAAAAGGAUACUUUCGCUUCUUCCAAAAUUAUUCACUUGUUAAAGGCUUGAUACCCAGCAAAAAUAAAUUAGGAUUUUACUCUGGCUUAGUAUAUCCGUUACCGCUUCGUGGUAAAGAGGGGUGUAGAAUCUUCAUAAUAGAAUUAGGAAAACAGUGGAACCCGAAAAAGGUGUCACUAAAUGAUAUAUUCAAAACUCUGGUAUUAUGUCAACUAGCGGCAAUAAUGGAACCAAAAACACAGAUCAGUGGUGGACGUACCAUCUUAGACUUUAAUGGUCUUUCACUGAGUCAAGUGACCUAUUAUAGUCCGAGUUUCGCCAAAAUGGUGGUUGAUUACGUACAAAAAGCUUUACCUGUCCGCAUCAGAUCUAUUCACAUUGUUAAUCAGCCGAUUAUUUUCAAUAUAGUAUUUGCUAUGUUUAAACCGCUCUUACAGGAGAAGAUCCGCAAACGGAUACACUUCCAUGGGACAGAUAGAGAAUCCUUAAUGACUUUCAUAGAUAAGAGCGUGCUGCUUAAAAAAUACGGCGGCGAGUUGGACGUACCUGAUGAAUCGUAUAGCAGGGACUUAUGGAAGCAUUUUUGCGCCUUUGAUCCUUUAUUCGAAGUUCUUGAUAAAAUAGGAUACACAGAUAAAAAAUGAUCGCUUCUCGACUGUAACCAUCGUUGAUAAUUCUCGACUAUACUCAUCAUCAACAAUCGUACACACAAAGCAAUACAAAGAAAAAAAUAAUGAUUAAAAAAGUUCUCUGAAAGGAUGCAAUCUAUUCACGGUUAUUAUGAUCAUAAACACGAAUUUCCAUCAAGUCAUAGUGAAGGUAACCUGCUACAAUAAAAAUAAAAUUUGGAUUGGAAUAAGGAGGAAUAGAAAUACAUGCUGCUGUGUACUCUUAACCAAAACUAAGACAUGUCAGAAGUGUUUUAUCGGUGUUGUUUAUUAAAUAUAUAUUAAAUCGUUAA